AUGUCAAAUCCUCUUUUAGCCGCAGCACUCAGUGCUAUUACAAAUCAAAAUCGAAUUAGAUCAAAAAUCUCUUCAUCAGUCUCAUUAGUCAAUGGUAGGGUACCUUACGCUGGCGUAAGAUUAAAUGGAUUAGGUAAAGGUGAACAAUUAUUCGUUAACAUUAGAACAUUAACUGGUAAAACCAUAAUAUUGGAAGUCACAUUUACUAUGACAAUUGACCAAUUAAAAUCGUUAAUUCAGGAUAAAGAAGGUAUAUCACCAGAUCAGCAAUGA